AUGCACACAUUGGAUUUAGCGAAUUUCCCUGUAACAGACACUCUAAAGAUGUUAGCUUCACUACUAGAGAAGAUAACAAACGCCAACGACCAACUAAAAACACAUAAUAAUAGUAACAGCAAUAAUGAAACAAUUUCUAACCAACAACAAGCCGUUACUCCUUUCACGCGAUUUCAUGCACGUUCAGUACCUUCAAUAGAUAUCCAUUCUUAUCUCUCCAGGAUAUUGAAAUACUGCCCAACUUCAAAUGAAUGUUUUCUUUCUUUACUGGUAUAUUUUGAUCGCAUGUCAAAGAAUGCAAUGAAAACAACAGGGAAACCAUUUUCCAUAGAUUCCUUCAACAUACAUCGUUUAAUAAUAGCUGGAUUACCAGUUUCAGAAUUAAAUCAUUUAGAAUUGGAAUUUCUAGUAUUGAAUGAUUUUCGUUUAGCUAUUACAGUUGAAGAAUUACAAAGAUACGGCGACCAGCUACUUAAACAUUGGGUAAUGGAAGAGGAAAUUAACAAAGGUGUGCCAUCUACUGAUGAAACAUCUAGUAGUAGUAAAGGUGGGGGUUCAAAAUCGUUAAAAGAAGAAGAUUCAAUUUACCACCAUCCCAAUAACAAUAGCAAUGGGAGUAAUAAUCAUUUUGGCAGAGGUCAUCGUAGAGAGAGCAGUCAUCCAGCCAAACCGAUAAGCAACACAACUUAUCAAACUACAUUGACUUCUUCACCUCAAAUAUAUUCAUCCUCAUAUUCAUCAAAAACACCACCGCAACCACCUUCUUCUAUAUUAACGAAUUCCCCAUCUUCACCGUCAUCAAUGCUUUCAAAUACAUCAAUAAAUGGAAAUAGUAGCAACAGUAGUAAUAAUAGCAGCCAACAAAUUCCAAUAAAUGGAUCACCUAUGCAUGCGCCAUUUAUAUCAAAUAGUGUGUUUAACACCCAGCCACAUUUUCAUCAUUUACAUAAACAGUAUGCGCAUCAUUCUCAAUCUCAACAUGUACGAUCAAUGAGCCUAGGCUCAACAGUUAAACGUGCAAAUAGUAGUGGUUCAUUGCUUAGUCGUGCUAGAAGUGGUGAUCUUACUGAUGAAUUACAACAAUAUCAUCAACAGAGACACUCUUCUCCAAAACCAAUAAUAAAUCCUGAUGAUCUCGCUUACAGAACUGCUGCCGGUGCUCCUCCGUUUGUUCCCCCGCCACCAUCACUGCAAUCAAAACAGUCUUCUUCAAUGAAUGCUUCUUCAUAUCAAUACGCAACUCCAUCGUCAUCAUCAUAUCCUUUCUCAGGAUAUCCCCCGCCUCCUUCAACACAAUCAUUAACAGGAGGGUUUUCAAUCAAUCCUGCUACCGCAAUUGGAAAUGUCGCACAUUCAGCAGCUGUUGCCGCUUUAAGUUAUGCGCGUAGAGCUUCGCUUGCAUUACCGCCAUUACCACGUCAUAUUGCCGCAUUUCAUACAACAACAAAUUCAGUGAUGGUUAACGGUUAUAAUGGUUCAGCAUCAAUACCGAUAGCACCAGAAAUUCCAAGAAGAGGUAGUUGGGUUAUAGUUAAUAAUCCUACAAAUCAAGCAACUCACUAUCACCACGGACAUUAUUCUCAUGGUGGUCAUCAUGAUUUACAUCAUCAUCAUAGAUCAACAACAGGUGAAAUUAUAACUACCACUACCUCUACUACCACCAAUAAUAACAAAUCCACUUCUCCAUCCUCCCCACCCUCCCCACCUUUGCCAUCUUCACCAUCAUCUUCACCUUCUUUCCAUACCACCACCGCUAAAUCUACACCUUCGACAAUAACAGCAAUAACGACUAAAGUCGAUGCUAAUAUUAGCGACAAUAAUGACAACAAACUUAGUAAUAUAAAUGGCAUUACCAGCAUUACAAAUAAAUCAGAUACAGAAAAUCAAUCAAAGAAAAAUUAG